CUUUCCUCUCGUUUCCCUCUCGAGGUUUUUCUGCAGACUCCAGAAUGGCUCGUGUUUCGUCAGCUGUCACAAGACUCACGUUUUUCGAGCCAAAACAACAAACCUGAACGUUUCCAGGCGGAGGGCAGCAGCUCACGUGAGGAAUGAGCUGAGAGGAACUGGGAGAAACACAGAGGUGAGUCCCGGGCGCCGCCGCCGCCGCCGCCAUGAAAUAACCCCACGUUAAAGCGAACGUAGAAUGGGGGCCACUCUUAGCCACGAAGACAUUUCUCCGGCGGAACUGGACGCCCUGUGGAGGGAGCCGGCGUACACGUUCGGCGGAGCACAUGACCACUUCUCAGGAAAUGACAACAUGACACAAGGUGAGGAUGAGGGCGGGGCGCUGGGGGAGUCCGGAGAAGGAGGGGCGGAGUCAGACAGUUACUGGAAGAAGAAGGAAGCUUUUCUCCGAGGAAGUAAAGUGUCGCUCGGGGAAAAAUUCUCGUCAGAAAUUCUGUUGCUUUUCACCGGUCGAAGGCGUUCAACUGGACCAGACCGGUUGUUACAGGAAGCUCUUCGAACGAGGCUGAGAGUCGUGGAGAGUAACAGCAAAGAUGUCAUCCAGCUCUUUAAGGACCUGUCUGCUCGUCUGGUCUCUGUCCACGCCGAGAAGGACAGCUUUGUACUCACCUUCAAAACCGUGGAGGAAAUCUGGAAGUUCUCAACCUACUUAGCCUUAGGCUUCGUCGCUCGCUGCUUGGAGAACUUCUUGUGCGAUCAGUCAUUCUGGUUGGAUCCGGAGCUUCUCAGCGACUUGGAGAUAAACGUCACAGUGGAUGAAGAACAUCUGGCCACUUUGUAUUUGGGACUUUUGCUUCAAGAAGGCUGUUUUUUUGCAAAGGCUUUAUUCACGAGAAACGACAUAAACGAGGAUGAUGAAGAUCAGCUUUCGUUUAAGAAGAACGACUUGCUGUUGGCGCGGGACACCGGGCAGGAGAACAUGUGGGAGGGCACCAUGCUCUCGACAGGAAGUCACGGUUUGGUGCCAGUCAACGCCAUGCAGCCCCUCCCCUACCCGUUCUAUCAGUGGUUCCUGAGGAAGUACCCGGGCCACGCUGGAUGUGCGUCGAUGGAGAAGGAACUGUUUGAACAUCCGAUUGUGACCGGCUCGUGUGUGGCGGUGGUCGACUACAGCCCCCAGACUCCAGACGAGCUGCAGUUAAAUCAGGGCGACGUCGUACAGAUCGAGGGCCUGCUCCUCAGAGGACUCGCUGUUUUCGUCGCGACCCACACGUUGACGGGACAGACGGGUUUUGUCCAUAAGGCCCACGUCAAACCGUUCGAUACUGCACCGCUGGGCAGGCGGCUGCUGUUUCUGACGGAGGAGGAGAGGAGCGCUUUGGCCCAGGUUAAGCCGUGCAGCAUCGAGCCGUGUGACAGCGGGCUACUGGACAAGCUGUUUUCUUCGGACAUCAGCUCCGUCUACAGGCUCGACAGACUGGAUGAUUCAGACUUUAUGUACAUCAAGAGCACACCCAAACAUGAUUACAAAGUGUCGUCCAGCGCCCGCCAGAGCCUGAUGUCCGAGCGCAGCAGCGGGACGCCUCCUUAUCACUCGUCCCCUCGUAACUCUCUGUCUCAGGCCCCGUCGCGUCUGUCCUUCUACCAGCCCCUCAGCGCUCUGCCGCGGGAACCGGAGCGCUUGACCUUUCACCCCGAGGACACUUUCAGGGAGCUGGACGAGUUUCAGGAGGAGCCGCCCCUUUUCCUGGACGAGAGCAGCUGGGACGGGGACGAGCCGGAGCUGAAUGACCCCACCCUCACUCUGCUCAGACAAGAGCACUUCCAGGCUGAGUUCGUCCCGCUCUAUGACUUGCAGUAUUCUUUCCUGUGGGUGACGUUCGGGGGCAGGAGUGAGGAGGAUUUGUCGGGACAUUUGGAGAGUGUGAGGGAGUGUGCCAAGAGGAUGGGCGUCCACUGGGCCCACAGACGCGCCUGCUUCCUCCUGGGACGACUCUGUGCCAAGAAACUCAAGCUCUCCCAGGCUCGUGUUUACUAUGAAGAAGCGUUGAGCGUGCACGUGGACAGCUUCAGCGACACUCCUCUGCUCAUCGCCCUCGUCACGAACCUCACGGCCGUUUAUUUAAAGCAGAGGAUGGCAGACAAACUGCCCCUCACUUUGGAGAAGGCCUGCGCUUUGCUCUUGUGCCUGCCCUGCCAUAACUUCACCUCCAGCGAUGAGUUUGAACUGCUAAACCUUCUUCUGCGGAGGGCUAUAGUCCUGGGGGAUAAGUACCUCGAAGCUCGCGUUUGCUACCUCACCUCCAACCUUUUUUUGUCUUUACGAAAACCCGACGACGCGCUGCCUUUUGUGGAACGACUGCAAUUCCUGUCGGUGACUUUAUCCGCCAACGAAAACCAACCCGUCGCUCCUGUGGACUUGAACUGGCUCCUUAGCGGACUCUACCACCGCAAAUACAUGCCUUACUUAGCGUUAGCGUCCGUUAGCUUGGACUCGAGGCAGGACCACUCCCUUCAGGAUGCGUUUCAGCGAAUUGAGCUGUUCAUUAAAAAUUCCGUGAGGCUGAAUCCGUGCUGGAGAGAAGGAACGUCGCUGCUCCCCGCUCAGAUCGUGGUUUACCUGCAGCAGGCGUUGGUGAUAGCGGAGCGAGAAGAAGAGCUGAACACCCAGAGGGACCUGUGUCUGGGGCUGGCGUCCCUGUACCAGCAGUACGGGGCGUUGGAUAAGGCCGUGCGAUGUGCCCAGCAGGGCGUAGAGACGGGCGGGCACAUAAACGAGGAGGAGGGGUUUGAGGCGUCGGUUCUGUUCGGGUGGCUCCUGGUUCUGACCGGACAGGCGGAGAAGGCUCAGGCGAUCCUCAAACCUCUGCUCACGUCUCUGCAGUGCUCCGACAGCCUCACACAGAGAGGAGUCAUCCACAACCUGCUGGCUCUGUGUCUGAGGAGACAGGGCGAGGUCUCCGAGGCCCGCGGGCACCUCCAGUCCGCCCUGAUCAUCUCCAGGGAGAGCGGCAACCAGAGGAACCAGGCCCUCGCUCUCGCCAACCUGGGCUGCCUCGCCAUAGAUGUGGGGGCGCCCUCUGUGGCUGAAAUAUUACUGGUCAGAUCUCUGCACCUGUUCAUGGAGCUGUGGGAGAGUCCGACAGACGAGGAGCACGUUCAGACUUACCUGUGGCUGGGGCGGAGCUACAAAGACAGGAGGCGGAGUCAGGACAUCCGGAAGUGUUAUGAAAUGGGAUUACUCAUCGCGCUCCACGCCAAAAAUCUGCACAGUCAGAUGGUGGUGGCCAAAGUCUUAAGUCGUCUUUACGCCGACCUGCUGCUGUACGGUCAGAGCAUCGUUUACUACGAGCACUGCGCCGCCGUGUCCAGAGAGCUGAAGGACAAGAGGCUGGAGGGGGAGUACCUGGAGAUCCUCAGCAGCCUCUAUCUGUCACUCAACACUGAGAAAUCGUCUCGUAAAUCUCUGGACUACACCAAACAGAGCCUGAGGAUUUCCAUCGACUUGGGCAAACGGGAGGAGGAGUCUGAGACGUGGCUUCAGGUGGGACGUAUCUACUACCUCAUCUCAGAGGACGAGCUCGCGGACAUGUACCUGCAGGCAGCUGUGAAAACCGCUCUGAGAAUGAACGACCCUCACUUCACCAUGAGCAUCUACGAAGAAGCCGGAGACGUUUACUUCAAAGGCCACAGGAAUCGAAUGGCCUCACUGCCGUUUUAUAGAGACGGCGGUUUGCCUUUUGCACGAUGUAUCGGGGACGUUCACUCAGAGUUCAGAUUGUUGAGCAAACUGACCGAUUUGUUAAUGGACCACAAAGACUGGGACGAGGCGCUGCAGUACUCCACGCUGGCUGUAGAGGUCGCAGGGAAAACAGGCGUGGACAUGAACGAGUGGGCGACCUACCACCGUCUGGCCACCGUGUACUACAGACUGGAGCAGUACGAAAUGGCGGAAAACUACUACCUCAAGGCUCUGUCGUUCUGUCCUCCCUCCAUCCAGCACCCCCUAGAGGCGCAGUACUACACCAGAGUUUACUGCAGACUGGGCAACCUCACUCUGUACAAGCUUAAAGAUGCCUUUGAUGCAGUGGGCUACUUCCACUUGGCUCUGGCCGCCGCUCUGGAGGACCCCGCUAACCCCGAGGCCUUGUAUGUCGUUUACAUGAAGCUGGCGGAGAUUUACGGAAACCACAUGCCCAACGAUGAGCUGUGUCAAGUCCACAGAGACAGAGCCCAGAGCUUAAAGAGGAUCCUGGGAGGAGCAACCGCCGCCGCCGCCGCCGCCGCUGGAGAGGAAGACAAACACAAAAACAAUGGAGCGAGUUGUCAAAAGGAGGAAGAGGAUUCGAGUUUGGGACGUUCAGAGCGGACAGGAGAUAACAUCACAGCUCCGAGGACUCGCGAGACUGAUACAGACACGCAAACGUCUAUUUUAGGGCACGAGGUGGAGAAAGAAGCAGAUAUAACUGAGCAGAUCGCAGGUAGUUCAGGGGUCAACGCUCAAGAAACGAUUCCCAGUCAUUCCCACGGUGAGUCAUUGGCCACGGCUCAAGAAAACAUCACGGACGAGAGCGUUCACCAAACAACAGAAGAACAACUCGACCCGCAGACAGACCGCGCUGUCCCGGAGCGAACGACUCACACGAGAGGAAUCGGUGAAGAAUUAUGUCCCGGAAAUGUCCAGCCAAGUAUCCAGAGCUCGCUGAACACGGAGGACGCCGCGUCUCGGGGGGUCACGGUCGAAAAUGGAGACGCUGAAGAAGACGCCGCUGAAGAAGACCCCAAACACUUCUUCACUUUAUGAUGAAAACUCCCUCGUUUUUUUGCACUUAAUGUGAAAUCACUUUAACGAUGCCUUGAAAUCUCGUCUUGGUUUAGA